UACUUCAUUUCACCGAGUGAAUGGUGAUUUACUGUGCUUGAAAUUAACGUUUUGUGUUUAUGAAUUAAAAUAUUUUGUAAAUGUGUACUUCAGCAGAGGCUGAGGUUUGAACCAAACAUUAUUUAUGCCAAGUUUGAAGUUACUUGAACCAAAACUCGCAAAUAUAUUGUUAAAAAACUGUCAAAACUGUUCGGAUUUACAAACUCAACCAGUAAGGCUUUUACUUCCUGACUUGCGUGUCUCAUUUUACAUUGGAGUUUUGGUUUCAGACAUAUACUUCCUUACUCAAACUAAUUAUCAUAUUCUUCAUUCAAAACAUAUCAUAAUCGUGUCAAUGAAUUUCAUGAAAAAGGAUUGAAACGCAAUAACAUGAGUUAGAUAUAGAAACAUGCUUUAAAUUGCAUUUGUGUCAGUGGAUACGAUAGGUGUAAGCUCAGGUAUAUUAUAGUUUGUAUAAAUAGUUAAAACAAAUAGCGGUGAGGCAUUAAAUGAUACCCCGCACAUUGUGGACAUGCGAAAAUGGCGAGGAUGAUUAACAUUCUAUUUUUUACAAUUUUGUUUCUCGUUGUCGUUACAAAGCAAGACACUGAAUAUGACACGAUCCGGAUUGUUAUUCGAUCGAAAGAAAUGUAUUUAUAUGGUAUAAAACGAUCGUUGGGAAAGGAUUUGUUCGUAUUUGAUAGUAAGAUAAAUGACCAACUGUUUAUCUUUGUGAAGGACACAGAGAUACAGAAUCAUCGACUGUCGUCGUUGGAACUAGCAACACUUAAACGUUCAAACACACACAUAGAAAAGCUUGUUCAAAGCUACAAAUUGUAUCCAGAAUCGCCUCUCAAACCACGAUCUGCUGCAAAUGGCAGCGAAAUACACCGGACUGAACAAUGGAAUGCACCUAAUAUCAUGCGCCUUUGUUCACCCUAUUUUGACCCAGCGCUUGGAAUUGACGACUCAUGGAUUGAACAUAAUGUCAGUGGACGUGAAAUUGUUGUGGGAGUUACAGACGUUGGCAUCAAUGCGAACAACACUUUUAUUCGAGAAAACAUUAAUUUUGAUUUGUCCUACAACUUUGUGGAUAACAUCCAACAAACAAGUCCUACCAUUUUAUCGGAUAUAAAAGAAAGUUCAUCAAAAACAGGUCAUGCGAUGGCGUGUGCCGGACUCAUCGCUCGCCCAAAGACGGGUGAUACAUGUGUUCCUUGUGGAAUAGGUGUUGCACACGGAGCAAAAGUGGCAGAUUUGCAAAUUUCAAAGAUCGGAGAAAGAACAUGGAUGGAUAAAGGCAUAGACUCUGCUAUUUUUUCAAGGGCGUUAGCUUUCAGACGUGAUGCUAUUCCGAUAUUUUCAAAUAGUUGGGCUACACCAAGAGCGCUUAGGAAAUCAGACUUCUAUGAAGAAGAGGUUUUAGCUGAAGGAAUUAGAGAAGGUCGGCACGGUCUUGGUACGGUCUACGUUUUUCCCGCUGGAUAUCCAGGAUCUGGUUUUGCCAAUUAUAUUGGAAGCAUUACCGUUGCCUGUUUAGGUGUCAAUGGUACCGUCGCUUAUGUAAGCGCAGUCAAUGCUGCGACACUCGUGUCUGUGUUUUGCAAUGGUAGAAAACGAAAUGAUAAAGGAAUGAUAACAGUUGGACAAGACGAGAAAAUGUGUGACACAAGCUUCGGCGGUGAAUCUGCAGCAACGGCGAUUGUUUCUGGAAUGAUUGCUCUUCUGUUGGAGGCAAACCCUGGUUUAUCAGCCAGAGACGUGAAGCAUAUAUUAAUUAAAUCGAGCAGCCAUCUAGGGAUAGAAGCAACACCUGAAUUUAUGCCUAACACAGCUGGAAAAUAUGAUCAUCCUAAAGUGGGAUUCGGCUUGCCUGACUGCUCCAAAAUGGUUUUACUGGGAAGACAUUGGAAACAAUUAAAACCAUUAUGCACAAGAAUACUUACGUUUUCGAAAAACGAUUAUCACACCGGAGAUCUGGAUUGGUACGUUCGAGUAUUGUACGACAACACGUUCUGUGACACAGUGGCAUGUAUAGAAAAGAUGGAAGAAGUUCUGUUUGAAAUUGAGUUCGUUUAUUCUGAAAACCAUUAUAUGAAACUAUGGGCGAAAUCACCUAGUGGGACUGAAUCAACUCUGGUAGAAAUGAGACCUUUAGCAAAUGGGGAUAAAGCGAGGCGUGUACGCACUACAUUCCGGUCCAACCACUUUUGGGGAGAGAACAGUCAAGGUCGCUGGCAUGUUAACAUUGGUUGCAAUCUUUCAAUGGCAUAUCCUUUUCCAGCUGAUGUAUGUCAUGUCACUAACGCACGUAUAACAGUACAUGGAACAGUAGAGACUGGUAAGAUACCACAACAUUGUUAUAUGGAUACAGAUCAUAAUAGGGACACACUUGAUAAAAGUAAACUUCAUUCGAAUACCACGGAUGGGAAGCCAGUUGGAAACAAUAACAUAAUCAAUAACAAUUUAAUCACAAAUAAUCUUAUUACCAGCAAUGGAGAUUCUAUUUCAGGGACACACUUUGUGGUGGUAUUCGUUCUGGUUAGCAUUGUAUUUGUGCUUGGUUUAGGGUUUAUUAACCGUGCCUUAAUGACUUCCCAAUUUAGGAAGAAAUCAGACGAUGGAGGAACGAGUAAAGUUUAACUGUACAACUACGUAUAGGUUAAAACUGUAUGUUUCAUGUCUUUGAUUUCAAAUUAUGAAAUGAACCAUGUUUUUGUGUCCUGAACUCGCCAGACAUUUCUGCUUUUGUUACUUUGUAUUGACGUCUUUACUCUCGAAAUAGUGUAAUCACAAUAACACAUCAAAGAUGUGUAUGAACGAAUAUACGCUUUGUAACACAGCACAAUGCAUUAUAUAAGUGGAAACAGUUUUGUUUCAAUUUGAAUUCUAUUGAUCUGUACAACAUCGCAUAAUGGGACUGAAUCAUCAUUAUAUGAAAUUAAUCUUAAGCAAUUGAAGACAUGGCAAUGCGUUUCUCCCACCUCAGACAAGUAGAUCCAAUAAUUUAACCAUCUGAUGCUAGAUAUUCUUAUCUUGCCCACGGGCGAAGAUAAAAUGCCCGUAUGGAACUCCUUUUUAACGGUCACCACAUUAUAAUUACCUUCCUUGUUGAAGACUGUCGUCAGUAGCAUGAAGGAAAUCUUGUCUUAUGGUAAUAUUUAGAACGCUAAUUAUUUCUCGCUUCAAAUGUCACCAUAAAACAGUUUUCACGCACCAUUCAAGAAAUAAUGCUUCAUUUUCCUUAGAACUAUUUAAAAACACCGAUUUGACUAUUAACAUUUACUGGAUCACUGCGCGAAUAUCCAUGACAACCACGUGCUAUCGAAUAUCCAUACGCAAUUAUUUUCAGUUAGCACAAAAGAGUUCCAGCAAAAAAUACAUGUUUACUUAAUUUUGUUUAACUGAGGUGGGAGAAAAAGCAUCUACCAUAGCCGCUCGUGUAAGAUAGUGGAAGCCAUGGCCAUGGAAGAUACUUAUAGUCUGCACUACAUUCCGGAAUGUAGUGCAGACUAUAAGUAUCUUCCAUGACUUAUAGUCUGCGCUACAUUGCAGAAUGCCUAAAAAUGUUUGGACCGGAAUGUAGUGCAGACUAUAAGUAUCUUCCAUGGCCGAGACUGUAAGAUAGUUUCAUCUCGACCCUCUCGCAGGGUGUUUUACGGAAACUCGGUAAACCUCGUUUCCGCAAAACACUCUACGCUCGGUGUAUAGUCUGCACUAUAUUCCGGUCCAAACAUUUUUAGGGAGAGAAGAGACAAGGCAUUUCUAGAAUUGCUGAUUUUAUUCAAUGGCCUAUGUUUUACCAGGAAAAUGGUUUUACUGAUUGGUAAUUGCUGAUCAGUUCCAGAUUUGUGAUGUAUGAGUAAUUCAAAUGUUAAAUUUGACAUUUGAUACAAAUAUAAAUACAAUAAAACAAUUGGACCACACUGCAGUUUCAAACUUGUAAAAUGGUUGAAUAUAACUGAAAUGUAUGUACAUAUGUCACAUUUAUUCAAUAUGAUAUCUAGAAUUGACUUCCAUAUUCUGUACAGUUGAAACCUUCAUAACUCAAAAAGGCUUUAUUUACAUAAAAUUUACAUGCUCAUGCUUGUUACAAAAGUAAACGUUUUUCGGUCAAUAGACAAAGCUAUUUGGUUCAAGUCAGUGAAUGGCAACUCAAAAAAAUACCUCAAAUUAACAAAGCAAAACGUUUUAACUGUUAACCGACAGGACAUGCAAUACCUGUUUUAUUACAUGACAUUACAAUUGAUUUUAAAUUUUAAAUUAGAUUUUCAAUGAGUAAAAUCAUUGUUAAGUAAAAACACAUCAGGCACCAGAUUUGAGGUCUUUGUAUUCCAGGGUAACUUACCUUGUCCAUCACAGUUUCAAAUACAGCCAGUCAAAAAUUGACAAAACUGAGCAGUAAAACAUAUAAUAAUGUUUAAAGAGACUGGAAAUGCUCAAACUGGCCUUCAAAAUCCGAAUGAUAAAUAAUUUCAGAUCCCCACUUCAAAAUCACCAUACCUCAAACUGAUGCCUGCUUCCCCGUCAUGAUUGAAUGUAUUUCAUAUGAAAUAUUAUUUAAAUAUACUUUUGUUGUUUAUUAUUUGUGUUUAAAGCCACCUAAAAUAACCAUAAAACUUUAACCCAAUACAGUGGUACUUGUAUUGUCUCUGUUCAUUUGUUCCUUGUGUUUAUAUAGGUAAUCUAUAAACAGAAUACCAUGUGG